AUGCGUGGAGCGCAUCUCAUGGUUCCUGGAGUGCUCAAUUGGCCGUGCGACAUAAAGCCGGGCUCCAUGGCUGCUGUUGUCAUCGAAGGGAACCCGUUCCCUGUGGCCGUGGGAGUAUACGAGGGCUCCUUUGACGAGCGAGGAAACGUCCGCACCUCUGGCAGGGCAAUGGAGAUCUUGCAUUAUUACUCAGACGGCCUCUGGAAGAUGAGUUCCAAGGCUUUUCCAAGCGGACAGGCACCAACUGACGAAACAGUCGAAGAACAAGGCGAAAACCCUUCACAUUCGGGGAAUGGAGAAUCCGCAUGCCCACCCCAAACACCAAGCAACACAAGUGACGGUGAUGUCACGAAUCUGCAGUCGGAUAUAUCGCCUGAAAUCCAGAACGACAGUCAACAAGCUGACGCCACUAACACCACAGCGCCAGAACAGAGCGCCGAAUCCAGCUGCCUGCAGAGCGAGAAUGCAUCUGCUGCGGAGCCCGAUGCUUCAUCGCAAGGUCAGGACACAAAGCCGGCAGCGUCCAUAGCGUUCAACACCAAGCUUGUGGAUCAUGUGCUGCGGCUGUGUUUCCUGCAAACAGUCCAUGGUAUAACGGAUGCGCAGUUACCCAUGGAAAUUAGCGCUUUCUACAGCCAAAUGACAGCAGACGGUACACGAUUGUUGGCAACGUCGAAAUUCAAGCAACUCCUAAAGGAAUCCGACGUUUGGGACGAUAACAUAUCGCCGGAGCAUUCCCUCCAGCUGAUCUCCUACCGCAACUCGUCGUUCAAAAAGCUGGUCAAAAUGUUCCAGACGUGGGCAAAGGAGGGAAUCAUUGCUAUGAAAGACUCGCGAGGGACCGCUACGGUUGUGAAUAUAAAUCGAAGCCACGAAGCCUUUCUAAAAUUCACGCCAAUCAACCUGGUGCACACCAAGGAAGCUGGAACUUCGAAGAGCGACAAGGUCAAAGUUAAGCGCUUCCUUGCGUUCUCGGCUUCACAAAGGAAGGCGAUGGCUGAGCGCGGCCUGAAUGUGCAAAAGGAGCCUAUGCCACUUGAGCAGUUCAAGCAGUUCGUGAUUGAUCACGUCACCAAGGAAGGAGACGCCAUCCUAGCAUUUGUUAACGAUGCCACACAGUACCAUCAAGUAUUGCGAGGAGAAGAAGCUUCCGCCAUACGCAAGGGAGCGGUGCAGCCGGUAACAGUUACGAUAGAACCACGUGGAAACCGCAAACACAUAACCAUUGUCAAAGGGUUGUUUAACUUCCUGUUCAAUGUGGACGAAUCAGCGGUUGCAGAAGCUUUGAGACAUAAAUUUGCGAGCUCGGUUUCUGUCAACAACGGCGUGAUCAUGAUACAGGGCAAAGUGGAAAUCAAACGCGAACUUGUCGAGCAGUUCGGCCUGUCACAGCAGCACAUCCAGCUGCAUUAG